CCGCUGCCUUUCCAGCCCUCCCACGGCUGCUGGAGGCGUGGCUGGGAAACUCCACUUCUCCAUUGGCAUCUGGGAGCAGAGUGAUUGAAGUCCCUGCUGUGCUGGGUUGGGGACAGUCAGCAGGGCCCUGGUGUCCCCAAAUUCAUGCCUGGGGUGGCCGGCGAUGACCGACGCGGUGCUGGGUGGCUCCUCUGACCAGUGGAUGUGCCCCAGUGACAGAACCAUGUCCCUCCGAGCCAGCAGUGAGAAGGAGCAGCUCCCGGCGGGCUGGGCAGCACAGCCCGACCGGCAGCGCAAGGGAGAGGAGCUGACGGACGAGGAGAAGGAAAUCAUCAACCGGGUGAUCGCCCGCGCCGAGAAGAUGGAGGAGAUGGAGCAGGAGCGCAUCGGGCGCCUGAUGACCCGGCUGGAGGACAUGCGCCGCAGCGUGCUGGGGGACGGCGUGAACCGCUGCAUCCUCUGCGGGGAGCAGCUGGGGACAAGGGGACAAGCCUGUGUCGUCUGUGAGGACUGCAAGAAGAACGUGUGCACCAAGUGCGGGGUGCAGACCACCAACAACCGGCCCCAGGCCAUCUGGCUCUGCAAGAUCUGCAGCGAGCAGCGGGAGGUGUGGAAACGCUCGGGUGCCUGGUUCUUCAAGGGUUUGCCCAAGCAGAUGCUGCCGCAGCCGAUGCCCGUCAGCAAGAAGGGACCCCAAACCCCGAGCGAGCCCCGCCCGGCUGAGCCACCCAUCCCGGACCCCAAACUCCCCUCCCGGCCACCCACCCGAGGCCAGGCGGAUGCCGAGGACACCGAGGGCACCGACGCCACAGCGGCCGCCCGGGGGAGCCGCAAAGCGGGCGAGGGCCGGCCGGGUCCGUGCGGCAGCGAGGACACCGCUGGGGACAGCGACAGCCGGGACUACACUGCCGAGAGUGGGGCCAGCAGGAGCCCCGGCGUGAAGAGAACCAACUCCGUGCAAGGCCAGCGGCCACCCCCGCCAUCCGCCGCCGGUCCCGCUGGAUCUGCCCCGGCAGCAGCACCCGCAGCGCCGGCGGCCGCAGCAACGAGGCCGGGUCCCGGAGGCACCGCCCGCUUCCCGGAGAGACGAGCCAGCCCUCCGCUGGGACCCCCGGAGAGGGGAGGGGGCUUUGCCGCGCCCCCCGGCAGGGAGGACAGAGCAGCCUGGCAGCCCCCGGCUGGCGCACAGCCCCCGCCGGCAUCCGCGACCCCGCAGCGGCAGCAGCAGCCCCGCGAGGAAGAGGAGGAGGAUGCCAACAGCUACGACUCGGAUGAAGGCACCACGCUGGGAGCUCUGGAGUUCAGCCUGCUCUACGACCAGGACAGCAGCUCCCUGCACUGCACCCUCAUCAAGGCCAAGGGCUUAAAACCAAUGGAUUCCAAUGGCCUGGCUGACCCCUAUGUGAAGUUGCAUCUCCUGCCUGGAGCCAGCAAGUCGAAUAAACUGAGAACGAAGACGCUGCGCAACACCAGGAACCCCGUGUGGAACGAGACCCUGGUGUACCACGGCAUCACCGACGAGGACAUGCAGAGGAAAACCCUCAGGAUCUCAGUGUGUGACGAGGACAAAUUUGGCCACAACGAGUUUAUCGGAGAAACCAGAGUUGCCUUGAAAAAACUCAAAGCCAACCAGAAAAAGAACUUCAACAUCUGCCUGGAGAGAGUAAUCCCAACGAAGCGCACCGGAACAACCGGCGCAUCCCGUGGGAUGGCUCUGUACGAAGAGGAGGUGGAUCGCGGUGGGGACGUGGAGGAACGUGGCAAAAUCCUGGUGUCCCUCAUGUACAGCACGCAGCAGGGAGGGCUCAUCGUGGGCAUCGUGCGCUGCGUGCACCUGGCAGCCAUGGAUGCCAAUGGAUACUCGGAUCCCUUCGUCAAGCUUUGGCUGAAACCUGACAUGGGCAAGAAGGCCAAGCACAAGACGCAGAUUAAGAAGAAAACAUUGAAUCCUGAGUUUAACGAGGAGUUCUUCUAUGACAUCAAACACAGCGACCUGGCCAAGAAAUCCCUGGACAUUUCCGUCUGGGAUUACGACAUCGGAAAAUCCAAUGACUACAUUGGCGGUUGCCAGCUGGGAAUCACGGCCAAGGGCGAGCGCUUGAAACACUGGUACGAGUGUUUGAAGAACAAGGACAAGAAGAUUGAGCGCUGGCACACCCUGCAGAACGAGAACCACGUGGCCAGUGAUUAA